AGAAUGGUCUCUCGGUAGAGCAAACAUAAGGUAACAGGACAGCGGGAAGUGUAUCAUAACUUGAAUCUCAGUGUGCAACGUGUACAGCCUUGGCUUUGGCGAUGGAGAGCUACAAACUCUGGACAACAGCGAUGGUAUGCGCCGUGCUGCUGUCCUUUGUUCACGGUGCUGAAAUCGACAACUUUGACAAAGAGUCUGACUUUGAAACGAGAGCCUUGAGAGAUUUUUACCCAAAGGACCCAAAUUUGACCAACGAAAAGCAGCUUCUCGGGGCUUUACAAGACGUUCUGACCAAACUGCAGACUAAACGGGUCUCACUUUGGGAAAAGAAGUUUGGGCGCGUUCCCACAUGCGACGUUGGGGAGCAAUGCGCCAUCAGGAAAGGAUCAAGAAUCGGCAAAAUGUGUGACUGUCCAAGUGGAGCGUUUUGCAAUUACUUUUUGCUGAAGUGCUUGUAAAGAAAAAGAUGGAAUGUGAAUUGGAAACACACAUAUAUUACAGAUAUUUAUAUAUUGUCAUUUCUAUUUUUAUGAUUAUAAGUGCUAUCAGAAGAACAGAUGUAUUUAAAAGAUUGUUGUAUUAUUUGCUGUUCUUGGUGUGUGAAA